CGAGCGAGCGAGCAAAACGGCAGUCGAGUGCGAGUUGGAGCCGCGGCCGGAGCUGCACUCAAUCGGUUGUGUGUCUCGGUGUGUUAUGUGGAUUACCGCCGCCUCCCGCCCUGACCAACACUGCCUCAGAUGCGAGAGAGUGUGAGGAGAGUGGAGCAGCCGCGGCGGCGCUUUUCCUCCGACAUGCGGCGCCGCACAUGCUGAAGCACAUGCUGACCCCCGCGUCGCCGGGCCCCCGGGCCCCGCCGCUCGACCUCCUCGGCGGUGCCCCGCCCCCCAGACACCCCCACAGAUCACACCACCCCUCACAGCAGCUGAACCUGAGUUUGGCGUCGCACCACAGCGGGCGGCUGAACCACUCGCACCUGUCGACGCUGUCGACGUCCAAGCACUCGCUGGGUGGCAACUCGAGCAGCGUGAGCCCCCUGGGGCCGCUGGGCCCCCCGGUGGGGCCACUGCUAGGCCCGGCCGGCGGGCCCAAGCUCGCCAACGGCGGACUGCACCUUUCGUCGGUGCCGCGGGGCCGGCCGGCGCCGCCGCCGGCGUCCGCGUCGCCGAGCGGGCCGCCCGGGGGCCACGGGAGCCCCUCGACCGGCCCCCCGGGGGGCGUGCGCGAGAUGAUGACGUCGCUGGGGCUGCUGUGCCUGGUGUCGCUGCUGCUGGCGCUGCUCGCGCUCGUCUUCCUGCUCAAGAUCUCGCCGGGGGCGCCGGCCGGGCCCCCGGGAGGCACCGAGGGCCACGUCACCCCCGAGGAGUACGUCGUCGUCUACGAGGUGACCUUGGCGCUGUGUGCCCUCACCCUGUCGCUCAACCUCUGCUGUCUGCUCGUGUGCGCCAUCCAGUUCCUCUUCGCGGUCAAGCUGGCCAGGACCUUGCACAACGCCCCCGACAGCAGAACCAACAAGUACCUGCAGAAAUCGUCGGUGACCCGCAUGUGCGCGGUCGGCGGCUUUUUCGUCUCGAUUCCAGUCUUUCUGACCGGCAUCAUCUUGUACACGUUUAUCCAGUUCCACUCGACGCCGGCGAUUGUGACGAGCGUGUUCAUCGGCCUCGGCAUCAUCUUCUGCGGCUGUGCGAUGGUGCAUAAUGUCUUCGUGUGGCAGCGGGAGAAGACGAACGCGGUGAAGGCGAUGGCGCAGCAGCAGCGGCAGUUGUCGGUGUCGACGUCCGAGACGACGUCCGGGACGCAGCUGCGGCAGGACACGCCCCUGACGCCGGCCGGGUCGAUGCCGGCGGCCACGCUCGACCUCAGCGGCCUCGUGCUCAACCCGCACGAGCUGUCCACGCUCGUCUGAGCCCCCGGAGCCGCCAUCUUGCCCCCCUGCCCCCCGAGAACUCUUAUUUGUUGAAAGGACACACGCGCGCAGUGCUUCUAAGUUAUUGUUUUGUGCCAACGGACUAAGUAAAUAAAUGUUAUAUCCGCCGCA